UGCGCGGAGGCGUCGGCGUCGUCGUCCGGGGACAGCCCGGGGGUUGAGGUGCGCCCGGAUGGCGGCGGGCGGCGGCGGCGGCGGCGGGAGCUCCGCGUCCGGGUCCAGGAAGCCGGGCUCCCCGCGGGACUCGGAGUCGGAGGUGUGGUCCCGUCGCGUGCGGGAGCUGGUGAGCGCGGAGCCGGCCAGCCGCCUGUGCUUCGAGUGCGGGCAGCGCGGCGUCACCUACGUGGACAUCACCAUCGGCAGCUUCGUCUGCACCGCCUGCUCGGGAGCCCUCCGUGGCCUGAAUCCCCCUCACCGGGUGAAGUCCAUCUCCAUGACCACCUUCACGGAGGGCGAGGUCCAGUUCCUCCAGUCCCGGGGAAACGAAGCCUGCCGGAAGAUCUGGUUGGGGUCUUUCGACUCGCGGUCGUCUCUGCUGCCGGAUUCUCUGGACCCUCAGAAAGUGAAGGAGUUCCUGCAGGAGAAAUACGAGAAGAAGCGAUGGUACGUGUCUCCUGACCAAGGCAAAAGCCUGGCGGCUCCCAGUGCCCAGGCCUCUCCUGCAGGAGCCAAGAUGGGCGCCAAGACCCCCCAGGUGUCGGAGAAAGUGCCCCCACCAGCCGCCCAGCCGCCCAAGAAGGCCAGCACAGACCUCCUGGCAGACAUAGGGGGGGACCCCUUUGCAGCCCCCCCACCCAGGCCGGCCUUCUCGGCCUUUGGAGGCUCAGGAGUGGCUCAUCCCGCCUUCCCCGGCUUCGACGCCUUUGGGGGAGGCCCAGCAGGGGCGACUUUUGGGGACCCCUUGGCCUCCAGCCAGAGCCCUUUCCAGAGUCACCCCAUCACUGCAGGUGUCGCCCAGGCGGGGCCCUUCCCCGCCUCCCCUGCCAGCCAGCCCGGGGUGGGCAUCCCGAGCCUGGGCGGAGGCUUCCGCAUGGGAGCGGUGCCAAGCAGCGUCUUCGGACCCCUCGGCCAGGCCCCCGUCCUGCCCCCCUCCAGCCCCGCUGCGGUCUUUGGGGCGCCCACCUGCACCAACCCCUUCACCAGCCCAGCGGUCACCCAGCCCACGCUCCCCUCCACCAACCCCUUCCAGACCAACGGCUUCAGCCAAGGAUCCUUCCUGGUCGGCUCCCCCGGCAGCUUCUCCGGCCCCUUCGCCUCCCCCCUGCCCCAGGAGCCGCUCUUCUUCCCCACCCAGGGAGUGGUGGGCCAGCCGCACAACGGGGGGUCUCCCUUCGGAGCGAGGCCCCUGGGACCCCCUGCUGGCUACUCCACCAACCCUUUUGUGAACCCGAUGGCCGCAGCACCUUCGCCCCCCUUCGCCCAGGCAAAGCACCCCCCCACCAACCCCUUCUCCUAGCCCCCUUCGGCCUCCAGGGCGGACGGAGACCCCCGGGUGGGGGGGGGGCUCCCAUCUGCAUAGCACAGCAGAGACAGGGGUCCCGAGGGCAACCGGGGCCUGAGCAGAGGGCAGGAGGGGAGGGAGGGGGCAGCCGGGGCCAAAGACCCCUUUGGGAAGGACCAGAGGGGGUCCCACUGGAAUUAGCCCCUCCUCCUUCCUCCCCCCCCCCCCCCCGCACAGCACAGAGCCUGCAGAAAUCCCCUGAGGAGGGUCUGCAGCAGCCCCUCCCCCACCCGGGGCCUCCCAGCAGACCUUGCGAUGUAUCCCGUGGGGGGGACAGUGCAGUGGGCCUAAUCUGUGCCCCCUCUCCCCUCUUUGGCCUGUCCCCCGCCCCCCAGUGCCCACCAGGCACCCUCUGGUUAGCAGGGGGAGAAGGCCAGAGACCCCCUCAGCUGCCCCUCCUCGCUCUCGCUGCCUUCUUGCACUAAACCUGGGGGGGGGGUCGUCUGUCAGGGAUGCUUCAGUUAGUGAGCCUCAGUGAGGGUGGGGGGCUUUGUGUGCCCAACAGCCACGACCCCUGAGGGGACCCGAAAGAGAAGGAAGGGGGAACCGCACCCCCUCCCAGCACUGUGGAGACGCCUUGAAGCCCCCUCCCAUAAAUUUCCAAGGGGAGGGUCUCCUGUCAUGUGCCAUAUGGAGCCUUUUGAGCCCCCCCCCCUCAGCUUCCUUCUGCCUGGAUGUCCUCCCUCACCUGCCCCAUGGGGGACCGACUCUUUCCGGGGGGGGGACUCUCCCCCAGAGUCUGUCCCCCCCCCUCACAAAAUGCUGCCCUCCAAAGUCUUCCACCCCCCGACCCCCCUCCCUUGUCAAUCAGUGCCUGCUGAGUCAUGUCCACAAGUGACGACACUUCUGCUUUCGGAAGCCCCCCCCCUACCCCCCCCGUCCUGCUCUUAUCUGGGGGGGGGGAAAUCUGACACGGCUGAAUUUAAACUCCCCCUUCGCCCCCCCACAGCCCCCGAAUUGAGGGCAGAGAAUCUGCACUCCCUUCCGCCGCCCCCCCUGCCCCCCAUUGGAAGCAAAGCCACCGCCUGGGGGGGGGGGAGUCUCCGGAUGGCCAGGGGGCUGUGGGUGGGUGGGGGUGUCAUGGGCCCCUCCUUUGCACCUCAUUUCAGGGCUCUCCUUGGGGGAGGGGGAGGAGGGUCUGCUCACCGUGCUCAGUUUUUCUUUUUGGAACCCCCCCUCCAGCCCCCCCCCCCGUCCUUCCCCUCGCUGCCCCCCCUUCCCAAAGAAGACGAGUUUAUAUUUUGGAGAAAAAUAUGGACCUACGUUUUUAAAAGCUUGUAUCUUAUCUAUGCUCACCAAAUCUAUAUAUGUAUAGAGAGAGAGACGAGACGCGUUGCACUCAAAAUGUCUAUAAAAGAAUCUAUACGAGGAGAGAAAGUGGAUUUAA